UAACGAGAGACUGUGCAUACAGGUGAUCACCGAACGCACGGAUACUAUCAUGUAUCAAGAUGAGCUAUACAUCAAGCCAACCCCAAUUCUGGUGUUCCCGAAAGAUCGACUUCGACUUACGACAUCCGUUUUUCUCGUGUCUUUUUGGCUAUGCCGUUUUGGACUCGUGUUCUGUUCGAGCCGUCCGAGGCGCCAAUCGAACUUCCGGAUAUCGACGUCAAACAAACAAUAUUAAUCUUGCCUUUCCGUAACAUCAUCAUAUCGGCCUUUCUCCGUCCUGGCUUUAAAUUCCAACUAUUUUCUACUUUACUAUCUCCAGUCCCUUCUUCUCCUUCUCGUGAUUGUCUUCAGUUUACCAUAAUAUCAAGUUCCUGAUCUACUCGCUAAGCUCAACUACCAACACAAUGUCGCCACGAGCGUCUUCGUCUACCCCACGAAGCGCUUCCUCAGCCAGUGCUCCAUAUCCACGACGUGCUGCAGGUCAACCCAAGUCUUCUAGACAGCAGUUCUCUGCCUGUGGGGCUUGCCGCAUGCGAAGAGUUCGCUGUGACCUGAAAGACCUACCCAUAACCCAGACUUCAAAUGGCAUGCAGCAGCCUUCAUGCUCAAACUGCAAAGAACGCGGUAUUAAAUGCGUCGAUGAGUUCGCCGAAGUUAAAGCUGUCAAACUUCUACGUCGCGGGCGCCGUCUACAACAAGUAGAAGCUGUCUACGGUAAAGUAACUGAUGACGAAUUGAGCGGACAAAGCAUCAUUCCCCAGCUGCAGCUGGAAUUCCUUAGCUCAUCUUUCUUCCGUAGAUUCAGUAUCCAACGUCCUGUUAUCGAACCCACCGAGUUCACGUCAAGAUACUUUGCCCAUAUUAAGGGUACUUCCACUCUCAGCAUCGAGGGCCAGAUGAUUGCGAUGCUACUUGUCACCUGGGCUGCCUCAUUUGGCGUGAACGAGUAUGGUGUCGAGGAGGAAAUGGAGCCGCUUUCUCCGACUAUGCCCGACGGGCCAAAGUUCUCGCCAGAUAGCGACGACGAUCUAUCUGAUCCUACCCGUCGCGCUCGGUCUCUUCGUGUAGAGACCAUGAUCAAAGAGAUCCUCAAUCUCGUCGAUGUUCAUGCUCUGCUGCGACGCCCAACUUGGGACGGUGCUAGGACUAUGUACGAGGCGACGCUUUCCCAAAUUUACUGUCUUUGCAGCCUGGCCAGUCCUUCUACGGUACAUAGUGGCCAAGGACCUUAUUGUGAUGCACUUGUCCGUGCCAGAGUUUUCUGGUAUGCCUAUGUACACGAAGGUGUCCGCACAGGCUUACGCGGCGGUCGGCUAUAUUUUGAGGAUGAUGACUUUAAUGCAUUCCAAAGCACUCUGCCUCCCCAAUACUGUGCAUCUGCAUCUAGCAGCGCUCCGUCCUCUUCGUCUGCUUCAUCACACCCCUCACCUACUGCUACUUCUCCAGUGUCGCCCGAUUUCCCUAUCACUUCUUUGCAAGAUCCUCGUGGCCAUUCCCGCGCCUCGCUUUCUUACCUUCUCGCCGCCCAUUAUUUUUCGCUCGCCCUUGCCGUGUCUGCUGUAUGUCGUUCCGUCCAUGCAGUGCUCACUGGCCCUCGUGCGCGUCGUCGCACCGACGCUGGAGUUGCCAUCCGCGAAGACUCCCUCGUGGAAAUUUGGGAUGGUCUAGAGCAAUGCUGGGAGGACUUCGAGUCUCUCCGUCGUGGAGCAGGCGGCAUUGGCACUGUGGGCGGCGGCCUUGUUCGUGGCGAGGACGUCGAGCGUUUCGUCAGCGGAUGGCAGGUAUUCAUAUUUGAGUGCUUGAAUGUCAUCCGGGAAGCCUUGAAUCAGCGCAUCGUUACACAUAAACGGGGCAGCCCCGACUCAAACGGUAACUCUCCUGCCGAACGUGCCCUUUGCCGCCUGCAUGCUCAGGCUACUCGCCGAUGCCGCAUUGUCCUUCCCCGCGUCAUUGCUAUCUUGAAGCGACACCUUGCUGUUCCCUCUAGCGGUUUCUUCGCUCACGAUGCUGGCCUCAUCCGAGACGGAUGUUUCUUUGCUGCCCUCCUGCUUGCGCAAGGUGACAUUGAUCAGGACGCAGAUAGUGAUCUGAAAGGCGAAGAUGGACUUGCUUGGGACGUCGACGCCGAGGACGGUGUUGACGUGUGUCUUCGUGCACUGGGAGAGAUUGGCUGGAUCUUUGCUAAUAGCCACGAGCGAGAGAAGACUGUUCGCUUGGUUUGGGAUGCACGGGUCGACCGUGAUGAUGAGCGCCGUCGUGAACGCAACCGUCAGCGUGAUUAUCUUGAGGAUCACCGUGCGCAGGCUUAUCACUCUGGACAACGUUCGCAGGAUCGCUCUCCUUACAUGAUUAACAAGCCUUCGCUGCCCACGUCCACUCGUGGUCAGGGACCGACGCCUCGUUCGCUCUCGCUUGUCUCAGCCGCCGGGCAGACCCGCCCCCAUCUUCCCCCGCUCUCGCUUGCGUUUUCUCCUGUGGAGAGUGCCCCCAACACAGCCGUUACGGAUGAUGGUAGUGGCAGCUGGACCACUUAUACGCCACCCACGACGUCAGGUUCAAUGACGAGUAAUGCCACCACGAACCGCAGUGUUUCGCCACCCGAUUCUGGAUCGCCUCACACAUUGACAUCACUAAAACAUCUCCCUCCUAUCCAAAACUCAUUGAAGACCGAAAAUGAUUCAUUUUACAACGGGGUCACCGAUCUGGACCCAUUCUCAUUUUCUGUCGACGGCACCACCGGCCCCGGUGUCGUUGGCUCAGCUCAUGCAUGGUCGACGCAAUACCAACAUCAAGUUGGACCUGGUAGUGGUUAUCUCGACCCCAGCGUCAUCUUCACUGGAGCAGACUGUCAAACCUUCUAUCAUUAAUGAGGCAGUCACUAUCAUUAUGAUCUGUACGUUUUUACUACCGCUACAUGUUAUCGCGUCGUCGUCUUGGUUCAUUAUUUCUAAGUUCCCAUCACACAAUGAAACUAGUUCAGGCAUCCAUCAUCUUCACUUUCAUUUCAUAGUUAUAUAUUCCUGCUUUAUCAUUUGUUUGGAUAGAUUCUUGCAUUGUACUGGCUUCCUGUUUAUACCCGCCGCUUGACACUUCAACAGUAAUUGCCACAAUAUCCAUUAUCAUAGACACUACGUAUAGAUGUAUUAUGUGCAUGCCGUUCAGGAAUGUAAAUCGGUAGUUUUAAUGACAUGACAUGCCGCACGUAUGAAUGUUUGAUC